AAGGUGACUGCGAUAAAGCCAGCUCCGUCUUUCGUCUCUCAGGAAAGAGCAACUACUCGAUGUAUUCGCCUUGUGUUUUAGCUUGAGGACGUCCAAAGGCUAUUCCUGUACUUGAGUUUUCCCGCGAUUGUUGUCUUCUUCGUCCGAGUCUCGGCCAUAACUCGAAGCUAAAUGUCAAUAAUUUGGGCCACAGCACCAUCUACUGACGUCGACACGUUUGUAUUUCCCCAAGUAAAGACAGCAAAUAAUGCCCAGAAUUGUGACAGUCGGAAUCUUGCUUCUGUCGUUAUUUUAAGACAUUUUUACAUUUUUUUGAGUAUUUAUGAUAGUUACAUGCAAACGGAUACUCCAAAUUGAAAAGUGGCAGUAAUUAAGAAACAGUGUGUUCCUCGCAAAGGAAGAAGAAUUGGGUCACAACAACAAGGAAGUUGGAGUCUGAAGUUGUUGAUGGAGGGCUCGAAGUCGUCAAGCACAACGAUGCAGGUCAGCUUCGUGUGCCAGCGCUGCUGCCAGCCGCUCAAACUGGACACUUCCUUCAAUGUACUCGAUCGUUUAACGAUCCAGGAGCUUAUAGCUCCCAUAGUGACGAUAACUCCAAUUAAACAGACAGACACCAGCGAAGGAGAGACAUCGGCAGAGGAAAACUUUGUAGAAAACAAACAAGAUGGAGUUUCGAGACGUUACAUCCCUCCUGCACGCAGCAUGAUGUCUACUGAGAGCACAAACAGCUUCACUCUGAUUGGAGAAGCUUCUGACGGGGGCACCAUGGAGAACCUCAGCCGGAGACUCAAGGUAACCAGUGACCUGUUUGACAUCAUGUCAGGUCAAACUGAUGUUGACCAUCCUCUGUGCGAGGAGUGCACUGAAACUCUGCUAGAUCACCUGGACACACAGCUCAACAUCACUGAGAAUGAGUGCCAGAACUACAAGCAGUGUCUGGAGCUCCUCUCCACUCUUCAGGUUGAAGAGGAGGAUGAGCUCCUGACAGAGCUGCAGCAGCUGAAGGAAGAAGAGAUGGCACUGGUCCAGGAGCUGGAGGCUGUGGAGGACCAGAGGGCUACAGUGGCCCAGGACCUGGCCCAGAGCAAAAACCAGUCCCAGCAGCUGGACACAGAGGAGUUGCAGUACCAGAAGGAGUACAGUGAGUUCAAACGCCAGCAGCUGGAGUUGGAUGAUGAGCUCAAGAGUGUGGACAAUCAGAUGCGAUACUGUCAGAUUCAACUGGACCGACUGAAGAAGACCAACGUCUUCAACGCCACCUUUCACAUCUGGCACAGUGGACAGUUCGGUACCAUCAACAACUUCCGUCUGGGUCGUCUGCCCAGCGUCCCUGUGGAGUGGAAUGAGAUCAAUGCAGCGUGGGGGCAAACGGUGCUGCUGCUGCAUGCUCUGUCCAACAAGAUGGGGCUGUGCUUCCGGAGAUAUCGUCUUGUGCCAUAUGGGAACCAUUCAUAUCUGGAGUCUUUGACAGACAAAUCAAAGGAACUUCCUCUCUACUGUUCUGGAGGCCUGAGGUUCUUCUGGGACAACAAAUUUGAUCACGCUAUGGUAGCCUUCCUGGACUGUGUGCAGCAGUUUAAAGAAGAAGUGGAAAAAGGAGACACUGGAUUCUGUCUCCCUUACAGGAUGGACGUGGAGAAGGGCAAGAUUGAGGACACUGGUGGCAGUGGUGGCUCCUACUCCAUCAAAACCCAGUUCAAUUCAGAGGAGCAAUGGACAAAAGCACUCAAGUUCAUGCUGACUAACCUGAAGUGGGGCCUGGCUUGGGUCACCUCCCAGUUCUACAACAGAUAGAACUCUUGAGGCCAAGUUGUGGACUGAUUAGUGGAGUGUUUUGAAAAAAAGAAUGGAUGAGAUCACGAGCAGAUACAUCAGGAUUUUUUGAUUGCCAUGAUGUGUGUAUACUCCUCAUGCCGGGGUGAGAUUUCGCUUCAAUUCUCAUUAAUCUGAAGGAAACAAGUCAAACUUUUUUUUUCUUAUUGUUGCACCAUGUGAUAUAAUAAAUUAUACCACAUUAAAUUAUAUGACAUGAGAAAACAAACAGUCCAAGUUGAAUAUCUUUUAUUUUACAAUUUUCUGAAUAAGAUGUGUUGACACUAAUACCAUUCGUUAUAGAAGCCCCUUCCUCAGGUUAACAAAAAGAUGAAGAAAGGGAGUUCAUUGACAAAAUGUAAAUUUUCCAUUCAGCAGAAACUUCACGUUUUAAGUUGUUGGUCACGCCACAGCAUCGGAGGUGAUUCUGCGGUCAACAUUUAGCUUUGGUUGUCAUGUCUCUGAACACUUCUAAAAGCACUUGACCGCUACAAGUGUGUCACGGGAUGCUGUUGAUAAACAUCUGUAGGUAGGCGUGGUCCACACUCACCUGCCAUUUGUGCAAAUAUGCAGGUGCUUCCAUGGAUGAACCACAUAGCCUGCACCAGAAGUCUGUUAGUGCAUGAAAAUCUUUGGGUUUCCUGAGCCCACAUUGCAACAUCUAGUCUUGCUGGACGAUGGUGAAGCACCAGCACACAGCUUCAACACAGCAACAUCCACUUGUGUUCCACUUGUCAUACAGACAGCUGAUCAAUCCUCUCUGGUUCUCCAGUGGUCCCCCACUCACAUCAGUUGGAGGCACUGUUGCUGAAGCAGGUGGAAGUAGAGGGGAAUGGCACUGUGACAGAGGGGUUGUUGCUGUUGGCAAGGGUCUUCCUGAUGUGUGGCAUGAGGAAAGGGUCACUGGCUAGCUGGAGCACAUCUAUACGGUCCUCCUUAUGAUAUGCAAGGCAGCGGCGAAUGAAAGCCUGGACACAGUAAAAGAAAGACGAGUCACAAGGAUUUAAUUUAAAUGUGUUUGCAUGUAAUGACAUGAAUGUACACUUGUCACUAUCAACAAUCUUCAUAAAGAAAGC